UAGAGAGAUAGACAGAGAGGACACAGGGGAUAGAGAGAUGGAAGGAGAAAGAUCAGGGGAUAGAAAGACGGAAGGGGGAAGUGUCAGGGAUAGAGAGAAGGAUGGAGAGAAGGAAGGUGCCAGCAGCCUUAGCUCUGAGGGGAGCUGUAGUGAAACCCACUGGUCUCCUUCACCCCAUCCCAUCCUCUCCAAGAUGCUCAUGCAUUCCUCCGUCUCUUCCUCCGCUUCCUCCUUCAACUGCUCCUCAGCGGAGAGCGAUGAGGUCUUCAGCGAAGGAGAGGACACUGCCAGCAAGAGGAGCACCAUGAGGAGGUGUCGCUCCUGGAGGACCUUCCUGACCAUGAUGCAGUGGUCAGUGCGUCGGCAGAGUUCAUGGGUCCAGCUAGCAGGACAUCAAGGUAACUUCCAGCUGAGUGAGGGGGGCGAGGUGCUGAAGCGUUUCAGUGAGGUGGAGGCUGUGUGUCUGCAGGCCCUCAUGGCUGACCCCCUGCGUCCGUUUGUACCGCAGUACCAUGGCUCGGUCAACAGGGGGGGUAACAGUUACAUCCGCCUGGAGGACUUACUGAGUGGCCUGAAGAACCCUGUCAUCAUGGACUGCAAGAUGGGCGUGAGGACAUAUCAGGAGGAGGAAUUAACCAAAUCACACACCAAGCCCACCCUGCGGACUGAUAUGUACCAGAAGAUGGUAAAAGUUGAUCCGACGGCUCUCACUGUGGAGGAACACGAGCAGCGAGGCGUGACGAAGUGGCGCUACCUGCAGUGGAGGGAUAACACCAGCUCCACCUCCACACUAGGCUUCAGGAUUGAGGGCAUCAUGAUGGAGAACGGCAGCGUACAGCGGGACUUUAAGAUGCUCACCCCAGCCAAGGUCACUGAGGCCCUCCUCUCUUUCACCAAGAGUCAUCUACACAUCCUGAAGGCCUACCAUUCCAGACUCCAGGCUCUGGAUGAAGCCCUGAAGGAAUCCCCAUUUUUCAAAGCCCAUGAGGUGAUUGGCAGCUCGCUCCUCUUCGUCCACGACUGGACCAGUAAGGCCAGCAUCUGGAUGAUAGACUUUGGGAAGACCACCCCGUCGCCCAGCACUGUGCAGCUGAGCCACGACGUCCCGUGGGCCGAGGGGAAUCGGGAGGAUGGGUACCUGAUCGGGCUGGCCGCCCUCACCUCCCUCGUGGGUCAGGCCAUCAGCCAGGCAGCCUGCAGACAGGAGGAGAAGCAUGGAGAGGAGACGGACAAGUGUCACACACACCCUGCAGGAACAGGAACACACACAGACUAAAAGUCAGGGUGGUCAGGGCAAGGCAGCACAGAAUGAAGGUACUUCUGAUUGAAGAAGAGAGGCCACAUCAGGACAAUACUCACAGGAAUGUGUUCUCUAAUUUACAUGGAUGAUGUUUGUKGAUGAUUGCAAUAGACACUAUUAAUUGAUAGAAUUCUCUUAACUGUUUAGACAUAAGACAAUAUUUUUAUAUUUUUCACAAUAAAAACAACCC